UUAGCUACAAAGUCUCAGAGUACCAGGCUCAGAAGAACAUAUCUGAGGAUUAGCUCGUCAUGCAGGAGUCUCGCGCAACUGUAAUUACCCGCAUUAUGGUAACGGAAAGCCCGAUUAUCCUACAUUAGGAGGAUCUAAGGAAAAAUCGCCAUAUACUGUGUUAAACCUUGAGAUUAGCGCGUCUCCCUUUCCCGGUUUCUGUUAUGGGGGGGAUAGACCGGCGGCGGAGAGUAUCUCUGGCUAUUACGUUGAACUUCCUCGCGCUGAUUCUAGCCGUUGUCGCGUUGACUACAAGCUACUGGUGCGAGGGGACACGGAAAGUGGCGAAACCUUUCUGUACGGGACCGGUCACCACCACCAGACAGUCGUUCUGUAUCAGGUUCAACAGCUCGAACAUUAAUGACAGCAGACUGGUCCAGUACAUCUGGGAGACCGGCGAGGACAAGUACCUCAUGAGGAAGUUCCACACCGGGAUCUGGUUUUCGUGCGAGGAGAACGUUAAUAUGACAGGUGAAAACUGCAGAAGUUUCAUUUAUGUUGCGCCCUCACACGAAAGAGGAGUGCUGUGGUUGUGUAUCGUGGCAGAGUGUCUUUAUAUUCUCCUCCUGGCCACCGGAGGCAUCCUCAUGUCCAUAGAGGCGUGUCACUUAGGAAACGUCAUCAACGGCCUCAAACUCAACGCCUUCGCUGCCAUGUUCACUGUCCUGUCAGGUCUGCUUGGCAUGGUGGCCCACAUGAUGUUCACCACAGCCUUUCAGCUGACAGUCAGUCUGGGGCCAGAGGACUGGAAGCCUCAGUCAUGGGACUACAGCUGGUCAUACAUCCUGGCGUGGAGCUCGUUCACAGCCUGCAUGGCCUCCUCAGUCACCAUCAUCAAUCGCUACACCAAGACCAUUCUGGAGUUUAAACACAAGCGCAGGAACGUCCAGAAGAACCUGAAGAUCAAGCAGAAGCUUCUGGAGCUGGACUCUGGACCAGGGGUCGGGGUGGGUCAUGGGGGUCAUGGGGGUCAUGUGGAGCAAGUGUGGGACAUGUACAUCAGCUCAGUGCCCAACACGGCUGAGGAACUACUGGAUCUCUCCAGCAACGGCAGGAAGCUGUCCAACGCAUCAGUGUUCCUGGACUUGAACGAUCUGCCAGAUCCGAUAAGAGAGGAGUACUUCUGAGAGAGGACUAGGGGACUGACCAAAGAACACACAAUUACACACAAUUACAAACACACACACACACACACACACACACACACACACACACACACACACACACACACACACACACACACACACACACACACACACACACACACACACACACACACACAGUUCUUUCCAAACCAGGACAUUAUCCCACCAGAGACAAUAGAUUCCACCUCUUGUUUGGGGUACCUCUUGCACCCCCUCUCCACUGCCGCUUGGCUCAGUGAUGUGCUCUUACUGCUCAGCCAAUUGGCUCAAUGAUGUGCUUUUACUGUUCAGCCGCUUGGCUCAGUGAUGUGCUCUUACUGCUCAGCCACUUGGCUCAGUGAUGUGCUCUUACUGUUCAGCCACUUGGCUCAGUGAUGUGCUCUUACUGUUCAGCCACUUGGCUCAGUGAUGUGCUCUUACUGUUCAGCCACUUGGCUCAGUGAUGUGCUCUUACUGUUCAGCCACUCGGCUCAGUGAUGUGCUCUUACUGUUCAGCCACUUGGCUCAGUGAUGUGCUCUUACUGUUCAGCCACUUGGCUCAGUGAUGUGCUCUUACUGUUCAGCCAAUUGGCUCAGUGAUGUGCUCUUACUGUUCAGCCACUCGGCUCAGUGAUGUGCUCUUACUGUUCAGCCAAUUGGCUCAGUGAUGUGCUCUUACUGUUCAGCCAAUUGGCUCAGUGAUGUGCUCUUACUGUUCAGCCACUUGGCUCAGUGAUGUGCUCUUACUGUUCAGCCACUUGGCUCAGUGAUGUGCUCUUACUGUUCAGCCACUUGGCUCAGUGAUGUGCUCUUACUGUUCAGCCACUUGGCUCAGUGAUGUGCUCUUACUGUUCAGCCACUUGGCUCAGUGAUGUGCUCUUACUGUUCAGCCACUUGGCUCAGUGAUGUGCUCUUACUGUUCAGCCACUUGGCUCAGUGAUGUGCUCUUACUGUUCAGCCACUUGGCUCAGUGAUGUGCUCUUACUGUUCAGCCACUUGGCUCAGUGAUGUGCUCUUACUGUUCAGCCACUUGGCUCAGUGAUGUGCUCUUACUGUUCAGCCACUCGGCUCAGUGAUGUGCUCUUACUGUUCAGCCACUUGGCUCAGUGAUGUGCUCUUACUGUUCAGCCACUCGGCUCAGUGAUGUGCUCUUACUGUUCAGCCACUCGGCUCAGUGAUGUGCUCUUACUGUUCAGGGUGCUUCUGUCCUGACAACACUUCAAUAUGGGCUUCAGUCACUGUUUCCCUUUAUUAAGUAGUAACUAUGUUUAAGGGUUUAUUUGUUGCAGUAUUACAUGUGUGCAUUGGUUUGCUGAAGCUGUGCUUGUGUGUGUCUGUGUGUGUGUGUGUGUAUGUGUGUGAGCGUGAAUUUUAUCAUGAAAACUCCUCAUUUGCCUUUUCUACUGAGAAUAUAACACUAAGAGAGACAUAUUGUCCUACAGCAUAUACCUCUGUGGAAACACUGUUGAGCUGAUGCCACAUUGAGACACUGCUCUGAUAUACUUCAAUAGACUGACACAGAGACAUUUACUCUCCUCUGGAAUGAUUUCCGACAUGCUCCUAGUUUACAAAACCAAAUUGCAUUUAGCAACAGUGACUUCAUGUUAGAGGAGAUCCAAAUCCAAGUUCCCCUGACAUUCCAAGCUGAAGUAGAGAUGUGUAGAGGAUGAGAGAGAGAAAUAUGUAUAUAUAGACAGACAGACAGACAGACAGACAGACAGGCAGGC